AAUAAUUUAAAAAUGGAGCAAACAUAUACAUUUACAAUUGAAUCAAAGAAAUAAAAUAUUGAUGCUCUUACUGAAGAAUAAUAAUAAGAAUUCAAAGCUAAUGCUGACAAAUGUGAAAUUAUUGUUUUGAAAGGCAAUAGUUACUCAAAACAAUUUUUCAAUCAAUUUGCAGAACACAUUUCAACCGCCAAAUAAUUACAAGUAACAAACAAUUAAUAAAUUAGAAAAUCAAUGCAAAUGAUAUCUUUGUUGGUAAAGGAAAAGAUGAAAUUCCUCAAUCAUUAUAAGUAUGAUUUAAUCUAAAUUUUAGAUAUUAGGAAAUAGUCUAAUAGGAUUAAAUAUUUUAAGUCUUGAUUUAUCUAAUAAUGCAGUCAAUCCUUUUGGAGCUGAGGCAUUAAAACCUUUUCUUAAAUAAGCCCAUUAAUUAUAGAAACUUUUCUUAAAUAAUUGUGGUUUAGGAAUUAGAGGAGUUGCUUAAGUUUCAGAAGGAUUAUAAGAAGGAGAACAUAAUUUACAAAUCUUAGCUAUUGCAAGAAAUAGAGCUGAAUGUGAUGGUGCUAUUGAAAUAUCAAAAGCAUUCCCAACAUGUAAAAAACUUAAAGAAUUACAUAUCUAUUAAAAUGGAAUCAAAUAGUUAGGUAUGAUAGAAUUACUAUCAUCAUUAAAUAAAAACUGCUCUGAAUUAACUACUAUUGAUAUUAGAGAUAACUUUGUUCAUGAAGCAACAACUCAAGUUUUAAGUGAACUUAUUGUAAAUUGUGUUCAUUUGACAGCUAUCAAUAUAUCUGAUUGCAAUAUUUAAGGAAAAUAAAAUAAACAAAUUUUGGAGGCUUUAACUAAACUUGUUAAAAUUGAAAGAUUAGGAUAUAAUUAUGCAGAAUUGAAUGAUGCUUAAGGAAAUGAAUUGUAUGAAACUAUUGCUAAAUAAGUUGAAAAUAUUACAGUAUUAAUUUAUUAUUAUCAUCUAAGAAAUUGGAAUUGAAAGGAAACGAAUUCAAAAAGGCUACUAAAUAAAAGUUUAAGGAAUUAUUUGCUACUAAAGAAAAAGUUCUUGGACCCUUUGAUAGUGAUGAUGAAGAUGAGGAAGAAGCAGAUGAACUGUAAAAAUUAUUCAGUCAGUUGGUUAUUUGAAAUCAUGAAAUAAAUAUUAAUAUGUUAAAUAAAUAUAGUAUUUAAAAU